AUGUUUUCAUUGUGUUCUGCACUGCAGGGUCUAUUUGGCGUUCCGGAACUGAGCUGUCCAGAAGGAUUUCAAGAAGCACAGGACAGAGCAUUGCAAGAAUCGGAACAGCUAGUGCAGAAGGCAUGUUCAACACCGCCUGGGCCAGAGACCGUAAUGAUCUUUGAUCAGCUUUCAGAUAGCUUGUGCAGAGUAGCAGACCUGGCCGAUUUUGUGAAAAUUGCCCAUCCUGACUUUGCAUUCAGAGAAGCUGCUGAAGAAGCUUGCAGGAACAUUGGUACCAUGGUAGAGAAAUUAAAUACAGAUGUUGAAUUGUGUCAGAGUUUGAGACGUCUGCUAGCUGAUGAAGUUGUUAUGAAUUCCCUAGAUCCAGAAACCAGGCGAGUGGCAGAACUUUUUAUGUUUGAUUUUGAAAUCAGUGGCAUUCAUUUGGAUGAAGAAAAGCGUAAAAAGGCAGUCAACCUCAACGUCAAAAUACUGGAUUUAUGUAAUGAAUUCCUGACAGGAGCUCACCUUCCCAACAAGAUUGACAAACAUGUUUUACCAGAGCAUAUUUGGUGUAAUUUUUUAGCUGAAGGCAAUUACUUGCAAGUUGCUGGUCUGCAUGCUGAUUGUCCUGAUGAUCUGGUGCGAGAAGCUGCUUACAAGAUUUUUCUUCACCCAAACGCUGAGCAGUUGAGCCGUUUAGAAGAACUGCUUGCUAGCCGAAACAGUCUGGCACAGUUGGUUGGGUACAACACAUUUGCCCACAGGGCUCUUAAGGGAACAAUGGCCAAAAAUCCAGAGGCAGUAAAAGAGUUUCUAGAGAAGCUUUCUGACCAGUUGUCUAAAAGAACUCAGAAAGAUUUUGAAAUUAUGACAAAGAUGAAAAUGAAGCUCAACCCCCAGAAUUCAAAGCUGAUGCCGUGGGAUCACCCUUACUACAGUGGCCUCCUUCGUGCUGAGAGGUACAACAUUGAUCCUGGCUUGUACUGUCCAUUUUUCUCACUUGGGGCAUGCAUGGAAGGUUUGAACUCUUUGUUCAGUCAGCUCCUAGGAAUCUCCCUUUACGCUGAACAGACACAGAGAGGAGAGGUUUGGUCUGAAGAUGUUCGAAAGUUGGCUGUUGUUCAUGAAACUGAAGGUUUGCUAGGAUACAUCUAUUGUGACUUCUUUCAGCGACCUGAUAAACCACACCAGGAUUGUCACUUUACAGUCCGUGGAGGCAGGUUAAAGGAAAAUGGAGAAUACCAGUUGCCUGUAGUUGUUCUUAUGCUUAGCCUGCCCCAUUCAGCAAGGGGUGCACCAACGUUGCUAAGUCCUGGCAUGAUGGAGAAUCUCUUCCAUGAGAUGGGACAUGCUAUGCAUUCUAUGCUGGGAAGAACUCGGUACCAACAUGUUACUGGAACCAGAUGUGCUACUGAUUUUGCUGAAGUUCCCUCAAUUUUAAUGGAGUAUUUUGCAAAUGACUAUCGCGUGGUUAACCAAUUUGCAAGGCAUUAUAAAACGGGACAGCCACUACCAAAAAACAUGGUGUCAAGACUAUGUGAGUCCAAAAAGGUGUGUGCUGCAGCUGAUAUGCAACUCCAGGUAUUUUAUGCUGCCUUGGACCAAAUCUACCAUGGGAAACAUCCUCUAAAAAAGUCAACCACAGAAAUUUUAAAGGAAACACAGGAGAAACUUUAUGGAUUGCCAUACGUACCUAAUACA